UUGUGAAUUUCUUGCGCUCCCGUUGAAACGCCUGGUUGUUGUUUCCCGGGAUAAGAGGAAGAAGUUAUUUAACCCGCGCUGUCGGAGGUUUGGGAACACCGAGAGAGGAUAACAGAAGCUAAACCGAGGAAGCUUCACUUUUUUUCUGUGAGCAGAGGACGAUCUGCGUGUAGAGGAUAGUAGUCUGAAAGCCAGGGGGGGAUAUAACCUACCCAUCACCUUGUAGCACAGCGCGCUGUGCAAGGGGCAGCGGUGCAACUCCUCGAGCCAGCGUGCAACACCGCUCCACUGGAUUGUGUUGCAAACCAGGGAAUGACAUAAAAAUACACAGAGAUGGUUAACUACCCGCGGGGACCUUCAGAGACCACAGAGACACUACUGCUGCUAUUGCUGUGAACUUGUAUGUCCUAAAACCGUACAGACGAAAAGGGGGGAUUACAAAAGUGCUUAUUCUUCUUAUUACCAGCAAAGGGAUUAAUAAUGCCGGACCAAAUCACAGUUUCAGAGUUUGUGGCAGAGACGAAUGAAGAUUAUAAAUCGCCGACUGCCUCUAACUUCACCACCAGGAUGUCCCACUGCAGGAAUACAGUGGCUGCUCUGGAGGAGGCUCUGGAUGUGGACCGAAGUGUUCUGUACAAGAUGAAGAAGUCUGUGAAGGCCAUCUACACGUCUGGUCUGGCCCAUGUAGAGAACGAGGAGCAGUACACUCAGUCCUUGGAGAAGUUUGGAGAAAACUGCGUGUACAGAGAUGAUCCUGAUCUGGGUUCAGCUUUCCUUAAAUUCUCUGUCUUCACCAAGGAGCUUACUGCGCUUUUCAAAAAUCUGUUCCAAAACAUGAACAACAUCAUCACCUUUCCUCUGGACAGCCUGCUGAAAGGAGACCUAAAAGGAGUCAAAGGGGAUCUCAAAAAGCCUUUCGACAAAGCUUGGAAAGACUACGAAACAAAAGUCACCAAGAUAGAGAAGGAGAAGAAGGAGCAUGCCCGGCAGCACGGGAUGAUAAGGACUGAAAUCAGUGGGGCGGAAAUCGCUGAGGAGAUGGAGAAGGAGAGGAGAUUCUUCCAGCUGCAGAUGUGUGAGUAUCUCCUUAAAGUCAAUGAGAUCAAAAUCAAGAAAGGGGUGGACCUGCUGCAGAACCUCAUCAAGUACUUCCACGCACAGUGCAAUUUCUUUCAGGAUGGUCUGAAAGCUGUGGACAACCUGAAACCAUCCAUAGAAAAACUGGCCACAGAUCUGCACACGAUUAAGCAGGUGCAGGAUGAGGAGAGGAAACAGCUGACUCAGUUACGAGAGGUCCUCAAAUCGUCGCUACAGGUGGAGCAGAAAGAGUCUAGGAGAGAUUCACAGGUGCGGCAGAGCACCACCUACAGCCUGCACCAGCCGCAGGGUAACAAGGAGCACGGCACAGAGCGCAGCGGGUACCUUUACAAGAAAAGUGAUGGGUUGCGAAAAGUGUGGCAGAAGAGAAAGUGCACAGCAAAGAGCGGAUACCUCACCAUCUCACACGGCACAGCUAACCGGCCGCCGGCUAAACUCAACCUGCUAACCUGCCAGGUGAAACACAAUCCUGAAGAGAAGAGAAGCUUCGACCUCAUAUCCCAUGACAGAACGUAUCACUUUCAGGCAGAGGACGACCAGGACUGUCAGAUCUGGAUCUCGGUGCUACAGAACAGUAAGGAGGAGGCAUUAAAUCAGGCCUUCAAAGGGGACCAGCAUGUCGGCGAGAACAACAUCGUACAGGAGCUUACCAAGGCAAUCCUGGGAGAGGUCAAGAGGAUGACGGGAAAUGACGUGUGCUGUGACUGCGGAGCGCCCAACCCAACGUGGCUGUCCACCAACCUGGGCAUCCUCACCUGUAUUGAAUGUUCUGGGAUCCACAGGGAGCUUGGAGUCCACUACUCCAGGAUCCAGUCCCUCACUCUGGAUGUACUCAGCACCUCAGAGCUCUUGCUGGCCAAGAAUGUGGGGAAUGCAGGCUUUAAUGAAAUCAUGGAGGCUUGUUUAAGUGCUGAAAAUGUGGUGAAACCCAACCCAACCAGUGACAUGCAGGCGAGGAAAGACUUCAUCACAGCCAAAUACACAGAGAAACGUUUCGCUAGGAAGAAGUGUCCUGAUGCGACGUCGCGGCUCCACACGUUGUGUGAUGCAGUAAAGGCCCGGGACAUCUUCUCGCUUAUCCAGGUCUACGCCGAGGGAGUUGACCUCAUGGAGCCUAUUCCUCUGGCCAACGGACAUGAACAAGGGGAGACAGCCCUUCAUCUUGCAGUCAGAUUGGUCGAUAGAACGUCUCUUCACAUAGUCGACUUCCUCACGCAGAACAGUUUGAAUUUGGAUAAGCAGACGGCCAAAGGCAGCACAGCGCUGCACUACUGCUGCCUGACUGACAACAGUGAAUGUCUGAAACUGUUGCUGCGGGGGAAGGCAUCCAUAGAGAUUGCUAAUGAGGCCGGGGAGACACCGCUGGAUAUCGCCCGGAGGCUGAAACACCUACAGUGCGAAGAGCUGUUGAACCAAGCUCUGGCAGGGAAAUUCAACGCCCACGUCCAUGUUGAAUAUGAAUGGUGCUUGCAGCAUGAAGACUUGGAUGAAAGUGAUGAAGAUCUGGAUGAGAAGCCAAGCCCUCACCGCAGAGACGAGCGUCCGGUCAGCUGUUACACCCCGAGCAGUAACUCCCACAUCCAGGCCAAUCUGAGCUCCGCGGGCCGCGACGCCAUCGGCCUCACCAAGGACAAGCAGCGUGCUUACAUUCCCAACCUGGUCAACAACGAAACCUACGGCACCAUCCUCAACACCAACUCUCCUCAGUCUGCCACCACCUCUGCUCCACCCCUGCCCCCGAGAAACCUGGUCCAGUUAUCCGGUCUUGCGGGGAUUGGUCAGUCUUCAGGGUCCAGCAGCUGGAAGCCUGGUUCUUUGGACUUGGGUGGCCGACAGAGGUCUUCCUCAGACCCCCCCAACAUGCACCCUCCUGUUCCUCCCAUAAGACUCACUUCAACCGGAGGUCUAGGUCCUCCUGUGGCAAAGAUGGAGGCCAUGAGCAUACAGUCCAAGUCGAGCCAGGGACCACCGGGGUCCAGAGCAGGGCCACCUAAAUCCCCUUCAGGCAAUGAUAAAAGCUUCAACAGACCUCUAUAUCGAACUACAUCUAUUGAAAGACCCGCUAAGGAAGUGCCAGGAUGCCCCCAGAACUCCAUGGGUCAGUCUCUGCCUCCAGCCCCCACGCCGAGGAAGGCCUACCCAAAGCAGAGGCCGAAGCGAGUGAAAGCCAUCUACAACUGUGUUGCCGACAACCCAGACGAGCUGACCUUCUCUGAGGGCGAGGUGAUCGUGGUGGAUGGAGAGGAGGACCAGGAGUGGUGGCUGGGCCACAUUGAAGGUGAUCCGAUGAGAAGAGGAGCCUUCCCGGUGACAUUUGUACACUUCAUUGCUGACUGAAACAUUCCUCUCUGGGUCUCAGGAAGAGUCGAGGGAUGCAGCGCCGCUCCUUCACCCGUCUGUCCAGCCAGCUGGCAAAAACAUCCACCAUCGUCCCAGUGUUUGUUGUCGACUUCAUCAUCUGCAAGCUUCUUAGUGUCACUGCUGGAUAAACCCCCUCGGCUGCAACUUAGUAUGGCUGUCGUCAGGGCAACCAUAGCAGAAAGUCUGGGUGUCAUUCCUUUGCAAGGCGUCGUGGGACUGUAUGUGGUUUUAACGCUUGCUGUUAAUGUUUCUGACAAAGACUCUUUAAGAUUUAAAAACAAUGAUUGUAGUGAAUGACCUCUCGCAAUAAAUGCACUUUGCUUUGCUUUAUCCCUGUUACAACAUAAGACGACAUGCAACGCAAUGAAGGUUAAUAUGUACAGUAUUCAUUUCAUCCCUUUUCUGUUCAGCUGCAUUGUACAGAUAGUACUAUGAAGACUACAGCAAUGUAUUUUAACUUACUAACGACUGUAAAUGUGAAAAUAGGCAACAUGCUUACAUUCCGCCACUGUGCAUGAGCCGUUUUAAAUCCCUACCUGCUUAUAGGUGCGACCAUUCAACUCUGUAGUAAGCCUUCGGUGUGGAGGUUUUCUCAUGGUGCUAAAUUAACCUUGAAUGCGCUAGAAGCUACACCUGAGGGAUUGCUUCCUUGUCCCCAUUUUAAAGAUGGACUGGUGUUGAAAGGGGGCAAACAUAAUUAAAAAAUAGACUCUAACUCAUCACACCUGCAAGAAACCACUUUCUCCCAGAUGUGUGGAGUGAUGGAACAGCUUUUCCACACACACACAGUCUGCAGUGUUUCAUCGUAGAAGAUAAUAUUCAACAGCAACACUCCAGUUCUUCCUCCUGGACUGUUUUAGGUUGAAUGCUGACACUGAGUGGAGCUGCAGCAGCCAGUAAUUACCUUUAUGCCGAGUCUGGCACCUCGGGCUGUCCUCGUAUGUCAUCUACCUUAUUAGAGGAGCAGGAAGGGUUUGUGUUUGCGUGUCUUGUCUGCACAGAAUAAGCUGAGAAUAAAAGAAUAUUGAAGUAUGUGGACAUAAAAAGACAACACGGGAAUGUGAUGAAAAGUAGGCAUUGGCUCUCUGACUUUUGUUGCUUCCGCUUGCCUUUUAGGAGCACUCACUUUUUGCUGAUUAUUUUUUUUGUUCACAAAUGAGCUGAAUUUAGUCUUUAUCUUUGAUAUUAUACAGAGAAAGAAUUAUAUUUCCUUUCAUCUUAGCCUCCUAUAUCCGUACAUCUCUGGGGUCCCAUAAUGUAGAAAGAUGGGUUUAUCAGUAGUGUUAUGAAAUAUAAAUAAAUGUAGUAAUUAACUUCAUUUUGGUUGCAGAGCAACUUUCUCUUUGUUCAUAAUGUUGAUAUUUAGGCAUUUAACCGGAAACCAGAGCCUUCCGUGGAUUUGUUAAUAAAGAGAAGUGCAUCGUAGCUGAUACUCUCUUCGUGUUUAAUGAACUCACUAAAAACAGGAAGAUUUAAUAAUCUAUUCAUGUAAAUAGAUUUGAUUUUCUGAUAUUUAUAUGUAAAGAAAAGUUAACCCUGGGCAGUAAAUGUCUGUGUGCUGUGGUGAUGAGCAGUUACAGAUGCAACCUCAGCUGGACCUGUGUGUGUAUGUGUAUGUGUGUGUUUGUGUGUGCUGAAUACACAAAGAAACACACACAACUAGGAAAAUAAACUCAAUUCAUUCUCAUUAACUGUCUGUGGAUCACUGCAUCGACUCUUAACUCUGUGCACGUAAAUGGGAAAAUGAAACUGGAAUAAUAAAAUAUGAAAAAACAA